AUGGCUAGCACCAACUUUGACAAGUUGCCGCGGAAGCUGUGGGAGCAUCCUGACCGCGAGAGCACCCGCAUGUGGCAGUUCAUGCAGGAUGUUAACAAGAGAUAUAAUCUGAAUCUGCAGUCAUUCACUCAACUCUAUAAAUGGUCAUGCGCACACCGCAGCGACUUUUAUCGGCAACUCUGGGAAUUCAUACCUUACAUCCAUGAGGGCACAUACACUCGCGUAGUGGACGAAUCCAUCCCCAUAACCGGAGUGCCGCGAUGGUUCGAAGGCGUGCGCCUGAACUGGGCGGAAAACGCACUCUACUCACGAGAUACCUCAUCGUCAUCAACUGAAGCCCUGUGUAAGCUAAACAAAGAAGACGACAAGAUUGCAUUCACAGAGGUCCGAGAGGGCAACACCGACAUUCGACAUGUUACCUGGGGAGAGCUACGCCAGGAUGUUGCGGCACUGGCGGCAGCGCUGAAAGAACGAGGGCUGCAGAAAGGGGAUCGAGUGGUUAUUGUUGGAGGACACUCGUAUAGGACGUAUGUGGUGUUUAUGGCGACGGUGUGGUUGGGUGGAAUCUUUAGUAGCAGUUCGACUGAUAUGGGAGUCGGUGGGUUGCUGCAGAGGGCAGUGCAGGUGAAUCCAAAGUUCGUCUUCUUUGACGAUGGCACCUUAUACAACGGCAAGACCAUCGAUCUGAGACCCAACAUUCGCGGCAUGAUGGAGGGCAUGUCCGAAUGCGACAACCUGCAAUCAUUCAUCAUCAUCCAACGCUUCGCCAAACCAUUCGACACAAGCUCCAUCCCCAAGACAGAACGAUUCGAAAGCUUCCUCCAAGCCGGCGCCAACAAAUCCCGUCCCGCAGCCGUGAGAGUCGAAUUCAUGGACCCUUCCAUCAUCGUCUACUCAUCCGGCACAACAGGCACGCCCAAAGCCCUCGUCCACGCAGUCGGCACCGUCUUCAUCUCCUCCAGCAGAGACGUCCUGCACCGAAACUACGGCCCCACGGACGUAGGCCUGCAAUACACCACCACCGGAUGGAUCAUGUACUUGUCGAGCGUGGCCAUAACCAUUUACGGCGCUCGGUGCGUUGCGUACGACGGAUCGCCGCUGGUGCCGGAUCCAAAGAUGUUUGAGUGGUUCUACGAUACGGCGUUUCCGAAGAGGGCGCAGUUGGCGAACAUCUCUGGCGGGACAGAUAUCGCCGGCUGUUUUGGCCAGGAAAACCCCCUUGACCCUGUUUACGUUGGUGGCUGCCAAGGUCCUGUUCUUGGAAUUCCCAUCGCCGCCUACGACCACGAUCUCCCCGAAGGUAGUCCCGGAACUCCCCUCCCACAUGGCACGCCCGGUGAUCUCGUUGCUACGGCGGCCUUCCCCAACAUGCCCGUCUUCCUGUGGAACGACGGCCCCGGUCCGGCUCCGGGACCGAAAUACCGAGCCGCAUACUUUGAGCGCUUCGCCGGCGCCUGGGCCCAAGGCGACUUUUGCGCAAUGAACCCGCAUACGGGCGCGGUUCUCAUGCUGGGCCGGUCCGAUGGUGUGCUGAAUCCGAGCGGCAUUCGUUUUGGCAGUGCGGAUAUCUAUGCGGUGCUGGAGAGGUGCUUCCCGAUUGAGAUUGCUGAUAGUUUAUGUGUGGGACAGAGGAGGCAGCAGGAUUUGGAUGAGCGGGUGGUGUUGUUUGUCUUGAUGAAGCCGGGGCUUACGUUGGACUUGAAGUUGGUGAGGAGGAUAAAGGAUGCGAUUGCGGAGGGACUGACAAAGAGACAUGUGCCCAAGUAUGUCUUUGAGAUUCCCGAAAUACCGACUACUGUGAAUGGCAAAAAGGUCGAGACGCCGGUGAAGAGCAUCAUCUCGGGCAGGGCGAUCAAGCCGAGCGGAACGCUUUUGAAUCCGCAGUGUCUGCAACACUUUUACCAGUACCAGAAGAUUGAAGAGCUGGUGGAGCCACGGGCGAAGCUGUAG